CAGAACGGCACCAUAAACCCCCAUGGAGCACAUUGUUGAUCCUCGUCCUCUUCCGCAGAAGCAUCCGCUGAAGGAUAUUGGCUAUGGCUCGGUGGCGGGUGUAUGCUCAAAGUUAUUCGAACAUCCGUUUGAUUUGGUCAAAGUUCGUCUUCAAAGUCAGCCGCUUGAUCAAGCCUUACGCUUUCGAGGCCCAUGGGAUUGUUUUCGACAGACAACUGCUCAAGAAGGAAUUCGAGGCUUGUAUCGAGGAGUCAGCAUGCCUGUGAUCGGUGCGAUGGCUGAGAACGCAACACUCUUUUUAGUUUACGGUCAAGUUCAGAAACUCAUCCGGCAUUUGACAUCAGAUUCGACCAACCCAACGCCGUCCAAUACUCCACUGCCGUUAAAGUAUGUGGCCCUGUCGGCCGCAUGUGGUGGUGCUACGACAAGUUUCAUUUUGACACCCAUUGAGCUUAUCAAGUGCCGAAUGCAAGUCCAGCAGCUUGGUCAUGUGCCUAGUCAGCUACCCAACAUCCAAUCAUCAAAACCACAACCGCUUCCAGGACCUCUAUCGAUCAUCAAAUCUGCCUUAGCGGAUGGCGGAGUACGGGGACUCUGGCUAGGACAAACCGGAACCCUAUUAAGAGAAACGGGGGGAUCGGCCGUCUGGUUCUGCACCUUUGAAACUAUGACGUCAGCAUUUAUCAGUCAACAUCAAGCAAAGCGAACCGGUCCUAUGAAAGAUGUCACAAAAUCAGAUCUCUCUUCGCCAGAACUCAUGAUAUCUGGGGGGAUUGCCGGAAUAUUUUACAACGUUGUCUUUUUUCCUGCUGAUUCGAUCAAGAGUGCAAUUCAGACUGAAUCAGAACUCAAGACAGGACCAUCCAAAGCCAUGGCAGCUAAUGAGAAGUCACGAGGUUCAUCGAAUUUGGGAAAGCAAUUGUGAAGGCGAGAGGGUGGAGAGGAUUGUAUGCUGGGUGUGGGGUAACUUGCUUGAGAAGCGGGCCUAGUUCAGCUUUGAUAUUUUGGAUCGUGAGUCGCUUGGAGAGUAGAUUUGAUUGAAGAGGAUCAAGAACACCGUAUGACCAGAUGGACUUCACUCGUUUGCCAUAUUGUUUGGCUUCAAUCAACAUUGUAUCGCUCUACAUAAGCUUGAGCAGCACUGUAUAGAUUCCGGCUUGUACUUUUUAGACCUUCUUUUCCAUUGUUUCCCGUGACUGUUGGCUUUCUGCUUGCGCAUCCGGUUGUCUCCGAGUCCUGUUGGGAAUUGCAGAUUACUGGAAAUUUGUGUCAGCUC